AUGGCGGUGUCGCGCACCAUCUCGGGCGCUUCGGGCGCGCGCGCGACGCGCGAUGGACGCGCGAAAUUUCACCGAAUCGUUUUCAUCGUCGCGAGCGCGCUGUGCGUCGCGAGCGAGGGCGCGAAGGCGGUGAUGGCGCGACGCGGGCGAACGACCGAGGUGACGAUGACGGACGCGUUCGGGGCGAGAGGGACGACCGAGGACGAUUCGCGCGCGGUCGAUGGCGCGGGAGGGGUGGGGCGACCGCGCGUGGACGCGACGCGCGCGGACGCGCGGAUGGGAGCGGACGGGGGCGGGGCGGCGGCGGAUGGACGCGCGGCGCGCGACUCGGCGACGUCGACGACGAAAACGGUUCGGGUGAGAGAGUGCGGCUCGCCCGCGAUCGAUGGGUACGCCAAGGUGAAUUUGACGUGCAUGGCGGAGAGCGCGACGGCGCGAGAGUGGGAUGGGUCGAAAGAGGCGCGGGCCAGACUCGAGGCGCGCGUGGAGCCGCACGCGUCGUACGACGGCAUCGCGGUGCGGUGGGGGAUCAAUCACACCGUGAAGACGGCGGAGGAGUGCGCGGAGCGGUGUCGAGAGCAUGAAAUUCGACCGAAUGGACGCGGUGCGGAGGUUUUACCGUGUAACGUCUUCGUGUACUGUCCGCUGAAUGUGGACGCGGACCGAUGCUUUGAGGCGGACGCGCACGAACACUUUCCGGGCGACUGUUGGCUCAAAUUUAGCGAAACGCCGGAGAACGUCGAAGUGAAUCAACGCGGAGCGAACGACGCGCCCGGGUUCGUCAGGGAUGGUAAAACUUUCGCGCAGCGACACCCGAACGCGCCGAAUUUGACGCACUGGACGAGCGGCGUGCUCCUACCGCCAGACGUCGAGAACACUCCGGGGACGCUCGGACCGCGAGCGCAGUGGUGA